CCCGGGUACGGCAAGCGGGAGAGACAAACUGUCGCUAAUGUUUGGGGUCUGGUUUCCAGGCUAGUGUUUGCCCGGGGUUCGGGGCUGGCGGUUGCUGGAGGUGGCAUCUCCUGGGCCAUGUCGGCCUUUGAGAAGCCUCAGAUCAUCGCCCAUAUCCAGAAGAGCCUCAACUACACUGUGUUUGACUGUAAAUGGGUGCCAUGCAGCGCCAAAUUUGUGACCGUGGGCAACUUCGCACGGGGCACCGGCGUCAUUCAGCUGUAUGAGAUCCAGCACGGGGAGCUGAAGCUGCUUCGGGAGAUUGAAAAGGCCAAACCCAUUAAAUGUGGGACAUUUGGUGCAACGUCUUUACAGCAGAGAUACUUAGCUACUGGAGACUUUGGCGGAAACCUUCAUAUAUGGAAUUUGGAGGCUCCAGAGAUCCCAGUGUAUUCUGUAAAGGGCCAUAAAGAAAUUAUAAAUACUAUAGAUGGCGUAGGUGGACUAGGAAUUGGAGAAGGAGCACCUGAAAUUGUGACUGGCAGCCGAGAUGGAACUGUCAAGGUGUGGGACCCAAGGCAGAAAGAUGAUCCUGUUGCUAAAAUGGAACCCGUACAAGGAGAAAACAAGAGAGACUGCUGGACUGUGGCAUUUGGCAAUGCUUAUAAUCAAGAGGAGCGUGUUGUUUGUGCUGGCUAUGACAACGGAGAUAUUAAACUGUUUGAUCUCAGAAAUAUGUCAUUGCGGUGGGAGACUAACAUAAAAAAUGGGGUAUGUAGCGUGGAGUUUGACAGAAGAGACAUAAGUAUGAAUAAGUUAGUUGCUACAUCUCUGGAAGGAAAGUUCCAUGUUUUUGACAUGAGAACCCAGCAUCCGACCAAAGGUUUUGCCUCCGUUUCAGAAAAGGCUCAUAAAUCUACUGUAUGGCAGGUCCGCCACCUGCCACAGAACAGAGAGCUCUUUCUGACUGCUGGAGGCGCUGGCGGACUUCACCUCUGGAAGUAUGAAUACCCUAUUCAGCGAUCAAAGAAAGACUCCGAGGGCGUGGAGAUGGGAGUCGCAGGCUCCGUCAGCCUCCUGCAGAACGUGACGUUGUCCACUCAGCCCAUAUCAAGUCUGGACUGGAGUCCAGACAAAAGGGGCCUCUGCAUAUGUAGUUCGUUUGACCAAACGGGUGCAGCUAAAGCCUAAUCACUUCUGAGCUAUAAAGUGAGCAUAUUAGAUGCAGAAGCAAGCACAUACUGGGGAAGAGAGGACUGUCUACAAGCCAGGGAACCAAAGAACACCCAGAACUACCUACAAGGAAGGAAUCGACAUGGUCAAAACCCUGAUUUGGACUUCUAGCCUCCAGAACUGUGAGAAAAUAAACUGUGUUCUUUAAAGUUACCCACUUGUGGUAUUUGUGUUACAGCAAUGCUAGGAAACUAAGACAUCCCCAAGAGGGAAAUGAAAGUGCUGUUGUAAGAAUAAGGGAAAUGGGUACUGUGCAAGCAGAAAGAAUGGCUGCCCACUGCACCUUGUGAAUACUGCAGAAUAAGGAGGCAGGAGGCACUGAAAUCACACUUCACUCCUGCUCAGUCUGGCCUCGAGCCUUAACUACCUUUAGGCUGAGCUUUUGGAGGUCAGAGACAACGUCUUUCUCAUAUUCUGUGACAUCCCUCCUCACAUGCCUAAGACACUUGCUCACCUGGGCUCCUAAUAAAUUUGUAUUGACAAUGCGCUGUAUGUUCUGGAUAAAAAUCGUCAUGACAGACUGAAGUAGAUUGAGGAUGUCAAGAAUCAGGGCUCAGGAUUGCCACCUUUAGUUCAACAAUAAAGAAGCGAACCUCCAGAGAAACUUCCAGAGACAUAAACAGGAGUUCUCAAGGCAACAGUCGAUUCUCGAUGGUGCAGAAUACUUGGAUAGGCUUGAGUUGAAGGGGAUGAUGGAAUCUUCGAACUCCCUGAAAUGUUAUGCGUGUGUGUGUGUGUGUGUGUGUGUGUGUGUACAUUUUCUAGGAGAGCACAAAACAAAUUGUCAGAGGGGUACUUAACCCUCCAAAUGUUAACAACUGCUUUGGGUUUGGUAUAACUCUACAAUUAAUACCUGCAAAGAGCCUUAAACUGUGCCUGGCACACAGGAUGUGCUCACAAAAAUUGAGUUAUUACUUCCCAACAUAACUUAAGGAUGUGAAACACAAUCCCUGAUUUUGAAGACCUUAAAAUCAAGUUGAAAAGAUAAGAUCAACAUAUGGGAACAAGAGCCAAAGAUCUUGGCAUUAAUUGCAAUUUUUUUGUGUGGUGCCAACCUGUGUAGAAAUUGAGAAGAGGGGCAGGGUAGUGAAGGAAGGCUUGACAGGAGGAGGAGAAGCCCUGACCUGGGCUUGAAGCAUCGAUGGUUGGACAGGCCAGGGAAGAUUGUGGAGUGAAGAUGUCGAUGAUGGGAAUAUCUGUGGCAUAUGGGGGAGGGGUACAGACGGACAACAUUUUAAACUAGAAAGAAUACUGAUCAUGGAGCCAGAAAGCAGCCGUUGUGUUAAUGCCUCUUUGGGUUCAUGAUUCAGGAACCCAACUCGUGCUGGGUUAACUCAAAAAAAGAGGUGGGGAAUGGAAUAUUUAACAUAGUGUAACUGUGAAGUCCAGAGAUAACUUACCAUCUGGCAUGGCUGAACCAAAUGUUCAAAGCUCAAACUGGGCUUCCAGGGCAGUGUCUCUCUGGGUCUUGGUCCUCUUUCCUCUGGGUUGACUGCAUUCUCUAACAGGCUAUUCCCAUGUGGUGGCAAAAGCAACCUGGUAUGAUCAUACCAGCUAACAACCUCAGUGGACAGAGAGCACUUUUCCCUUCAACAGUUCCAACAAAAGUCUUGGGACUGAGGCUCAUUGGCCUGGCUGUGUCACAUGCCCAUCCCUGAACUAACCGUGUGGUGAGGGAGAGAAGUAUGCUCAGUAUUCAGGCGUGAUCAUGUGCCCACAGAUUCUGAACAUGGAGAGAAGCUGGGCAGGCAAAAAUAGUAGAUGCCUUUAGAGGGCUCAAUCCCAUUUCUGCUCUACAUUAGCUCUAUAGGUCUCUGGACAAGUCAUUCAGCCUUGCAGGCCUCUACCUGUAACCUGUAUAAUGGGCAUUAGGCAAUCUGCCAAUCAAAUGAGAUAAAUGGGCUUAUGCAUAAAAGCUCUCUGAAGACUGAUAAACCAAAACCGGUUGCUGUCGAGUCCACUCUGACUCAUGGCGACCCCACGUGUGUCAGAGUAGAACAGUGUUCCAUGGGGUUUUUAAAGGGCGAUUUUUUGGAAGACGAUUGCCAGCCCUUUUUAUGAGGUGCCUCUGGGUGGACUUGAACCACCAACCUUACAGUUACCAGCUGAGUACAUUAACAGUUUGGCUGAUCUUGGGACUCUGAAGACUGGUUUAAAAAAAAAAAAACAUUGCCGUCAAGUCUAUUUCAACUCAUAGUGACCCUAUUGGACAGAAUAGAACUGCCACAUAGGGUUUCCAAGGAGCAGCUGGUAGAUUUGAAUUGUUGGCUUUUUGGUUAGCGGCCAAGCUCUUAACCGCUGUGCCACCAAGGCUCCUGAAGACUGAUAAAGCCUCCAAGUGUAAAGAGUCACUGUUGUGAGGAGACCAUUCUGAUCAGACAAGAGUCAACAGCAUGUAGUGAGUACAUGGAAAAGAGUCCCCAGAAUGGCUGUGGCCAGAACCCUUAAGAGGAUAUAUAAACAAAGAUGGUAGCCUUCCUAAGGGCAGAGGCAUAUGCCCACAUAGUACAAGCCCCUGUGCCUGGUGUGGGUGCUGAGAAAUUAUUUGAUGUUGGAUACCAGGGCAAGCAUUACCAAAGGAGAAAUCACUGGCACGAGUAAGCACAGUAACAACUGUGGCCUCAGGUCCCAGAGGCUCUCAUUAGUAACCAGCAGGGGAGACUGGGCACAGUUCUGGGCCAGGAGCCUCCCUCUCCUCACAGCUUUUGCAGGAGCAACCUGGGAAAGCGAGGAGGAAACUGGGACCUGUCAGUUAGUGCCAGCUCUCAUUUAACUGCCUGCCUGCCUUGGGGAAAGGGCACCGUGAAAAGGACUGGUCCCUUGGCCUGGGCUGUUAUUUACUAGGCCCAUUGAGCCUGAGGUAGGAGUGAUGGGUGACCCAGGUGCUGGUCUCCAGGGAGGAGAGAUGCCUGGAGUCCAUGGCAGGCAGUGGAAUUAAAUGAGUCAGGUGCCGGUCAACAGCCACGAGGCCCAUUCAGCAGACAAUAGGCAACGACCUCCAAGAGAAGCCAUUGAGAUCCACAUACUUAAGGUGACCAACUACCGUGGUUUUCCCAGGACCGAGGGGGCUCCUGGGAUGCUGGACUUUUAGUGAGAAAACCAGAAAAAUUCCAGUGAAACCCAGAUGAGUUGGUCACCUUACUUCUACCUUUAUGAGCCUGAAUAUUGUCCUCUGACCUCU